UCAAGCAUAAAGUCGUACUUUUAUCUAAACUUUAGGUCGAAUCUAAUUGGCUGAACGAGUGAGUGACGGGCAUCUCUAGCGCGCAUAAAGAGCGGAUUAGUCCAGCAAAGUUCAAAUGCUUCAUGGCAUUGUUUCAAAUACAGGUAUUAUUUUGUCGACGUUUUUUGUCUGAAUAUGUACAUAACAGCCGCCGGAGAAGUAAAUUAUCAUAGCUAGUGCCCUUUGCUGCGUGAAUCCAGGCACUUUAACUAAGCUUUUGAUCAAAGGGAAUCUUUAAAAGAUUUGUAUUUUCUUAUUUGUGAACACUGCUGAUAUAGUAUGCACUUCGACGUUUGCAGAAUAUUCAAUCUUCACUUUCUUGCUUUUCAUAAACUAGAGAGAAUCCACGUUCAGUGAAGGAGGUUAGGAAUAGCGGAGAAAUAAUUGGUUAUCGUCCCAGAAGUAGUUGAAAAGGCUUAUUGAGUUCAACAGAAUCGACUCGUUCGAUGAACUAAAACGAAAACGAUUGGACAGAAUACCAAUCAUUAAAGUUGAUAACAUUUAGCCAGGCCACGACACAAUCACUCCUGCAAAUUUUUCUUGAGCUCAAAAGUGAAUCUUAGUGGUUGUAGAUGGAUAAUGUAUCUUGUCUGUUCUUCUGCUUAACAAGUCUUUCUUGAGAAAUUCGUUAGUGGUAACAAGAACAAACAAAGGACAAAGUUCAAUCAACCUAACAUUUCUCUUUCCAAACAAACUCGCCGCGAGGCCGUCGAAAGUCUUCAGAAAUAUGAAACUUGGGAGGGAUGAAAGUAAAACUAAUGGGAGAGAACAUGGGGUCAGAUCAGCUAUGUGCCACAUAUGAGAGUGUCGUGUAAUCCUUUUUUGUUCCUCUUUUCUGGAAAUGGUCCAGCAACUGCAACACUCCACGCUCUAAAAGUGUCAUCGUCUUACUUAGAAAUGGUCGGUUCACGCCAUUAUUUUAGCUCAAAAAGAUCGGUUAUGAGGCUCUGUAGACUUUGCAUAAAACCGUUCCCACUUCUGGUGCUUUUUAUAUAUAAAUCCUGCUUUCUGUUUCUUCAUGCAUUCUAAAGGAGCAAACUCUGCUCUAUUGUUUUGGCAAGUUGUGUUUCUAUAAUCGUAGACUGUCUUCACUUGCAAGUUACAUAAGCUUUUCCUAGGAACUAAGCACCAAUAUAGAGCCAUCCUGCUUCAGGUUCUGACUUACACUAAGUUGAAGUGACAAUGUUGUGCAUUACAAUUCCUAGAAUUUUGUCGUGCAUUGUUUUCAUAUUCCUCUUCGUUCCCGCUCGCACGAGAUGGCACAAUCACACGAAGCACGAGCACACUCACCACCACCACCACCCUAAGACACCCACCAUUCCACUUCCUCCUCCUCCUUCUCCUUCCCCGGCAGAGCCACCUAGUGACCGUAAUCACUCAACAAAUGUUUACGAUGUGAGAAUGUUUGGUGCGGUGGGUGAUGGAGGGGCCGGCAACAUGGAGGCAUUCAAGAUGGCAUGGGACGAGGCAUGCAGCAGCCGAGUAGAGUCUCCAGUUCUCUAUGUGCCAUCCGGUUACUCCUUCAUGGUCCAAUCCACAUUCUUCACCGGCCCUUGUGAAGGAGGCAUCGUCUUCCAGGUCAACGGCAAGCUCAUGCCUCCUGAUGGACCAGAAUCGUGGCCAAAGGGGCUCAGCAGGCGGCAGUGGCUGGUCUUUUACCGGGUUAACAUCAUGUCGCUACGAGGAGAUGGUCUAAUAGACGGGAAAGGAGAAUGGUGGGAUCUUCCUUGCAAACCUCAUAAGGGAGGAAAGGGAACUACAUUGUUUGGUCCAUGUGAUAGCCUCUUUGCUAUAAGGUUCUUCAUGAGCUCCAACUUAACUCUGCAAGGGCUCAAAAUAAGGAACAGCCCUCGGCUCCACUUCAGAUUUGAUAAUUGCAGAAAUGUUCACAUUGACUCCAUCGUCAUAAGUGCUCCUCCUCUGAGCCCUAACACCACUGGUAUUGACAUCGAGAACACUAUCAGUGUUGAGAUUUACAAUUCAGUCAUCUCCAAUGGCGACAAUUGUGUUUCGAUUGGGUCAGGCUGUUACGACGUUUAUGUACGGAACAUAACCUGUGGACCUAAUCAUGGAAUCAGCAUCGGAAGCCUAGGCAAUCGCAACUCACAGGCUUGCGUCUCCAACAUCACGGUCCGAGACUCAGCAAUCAAAUCAUCAGACAUUGGGGUCCGUAUCAAGACGCAAGGACGCGCUGGGGCCGUUUCUGGAGUGACAUUCGACAACAUCCACAUGGACAAUGUUCGGAACCCCAUCAUAAUCGACCAGUUCUACUGCCUUGCCAAGCAGUGCACCAACCAAACUUCGGCAGUGCUAGUGUCGGAUGUGCUCUACACGAACAUAAAGUGCACGUACGAUGUGCGCAGCCCACCGAUGCACUUCGCAUGCAGCGACUUGUUCCCGUGCACAAACAUAACGAUAUCGGACAUCGAGCUUCUUCCAGCACAAGGGAAUUUCAUGUUGGACCCUUUUUGUUGGAAUGCUUAUGGGGAUACGGAGACACUGACUAUUCCUCCAGUUUCCUGCUUGCUGGAGGGCACUCCUCCUGGUAUCUUGGACAAUGAGUUGGGUUCCUGUUAAAACCCUAGGGACACAAUUGAUCUUCUGUAGAGCAUUAAUUAUGAUGUACAUCGUCGAUAAUCAGAAUAUGUGGUGAAUAUAAUGUUAAUAUUAUUGUCAAGAUGCUGCACUUAUCUUUAUGCUGUAUUUGUGAGUAAUUG